UUUAGGAAUGAUUCCAAAUAAUUCGCAGCAGAACUACAACAUUUGUGGGGUUCAGUUUGCAACUUCAGCUUCCCAUAGAUAUUCAUACUGUGACUCCCCGUCCCCUUGUUUUGUUGGUGGCUUACUACAUUUGGUCUUGUUCAAUUUUUCAUGCCCGACUAGAUUGUUAUUCUUGUACCACGAUCGCUCUCAAAAGCGUGAACUGGCCGUGAUUUGAGCUUUUUAGAAUGUUGUUGACAACUCGCCCCCCUGACAGAUCAACGGCGCAAUCGUCCUCUGGCCCGGUGUCAGCAACACGAAGCCGAAACAUGCAAUCGCGUCUACAAAACACAACAACUUCUUCCACUGCGCAAGAGGAGUUGCCUCCACGAGAGGGCCUUGCUGGUGGAAAUUCGGUCGAGAAUGAUCAAGAACUAGGAAAAGCGACAACUACAACGACCUUGGGUCUGCAGCCAGAUAAAGAUAAACAAGUAGUUGAGGCAGAGCUACUUGAUGCGCCCCCUGCAGAUGAACAAGAAGUUGACCUGUCCUCAGCAGCUAAUCCUACUGCGGCACGCGAAUUAUUAUCAGAAACGAAAUCCGCGAAGAUCAAUCGGUACCGUCUGCUCCAGCAGAAAUUCGUCACCGAAUACCGCAAAUUGCUUCAUACGGUAAACACCUUCCGCAGCGCAACAUUCCAGGUCAGGAAUAAACUGGACAAAGCCGAAGCGAUCCUGUUCACGCCGCUCACCUUCGAAGCGAGGAGGCGUGGUCAUGUCAUCAAUGUUGUGGAGAACGCCAGCGGGGGAGAGCACCAGAGCGAAGAACAGAUCCAGGUAAAAAAAGGCGACCACAAAAAGCAUGACAGACCACUUCUACCCCCUUCCUGGACUUCCCUCCCACUCUUGGAGUAUGGUUUCUACGAGAAGUUUUUCCAAUCGCCGUCCGCCCAGCUCUGUCUCGUCUCCGACUACUUCACAGCAGUUUUGUCAAUGGAGGAAAGAAAGGGGAUCUGGAAGAAGCUAAUCGGCGGUCGGCGGAACGAGGCGACACUACGAGAAAUCACCUGCCUGGUGUUGCUCGCUCGGACGGAACAGCUACCGCGGUUUCGCGCGUGGGUGAUGCAGAUUAAUAACAGGAGGAAAACGAAAGGCAGUGCUGCGGUCGUCGUGGAGGAGCCUCAGCUCCCUGUUGCAGUUGCAGAAGGGGCGAUUGUUGCAAGCACCACGGAUCGACAAGUAGUAGGAGGCAAAGUAAAGAGAGAAAAACCCAUGGCGGGGACGAAGCUUCUGGGCGGUAGAGAUUUUGAGUACACGACAGACUUCGUCUCCGUAUCCUCUUUGGACAGGUGGGAUGCUGUUUUAGAGAAGUUUCCGCCGAAAUCUGAACAGCAGCUGACACCAUCGAUUUCGAGGAAUGAAGAGGUGGCCGACUUGCUUGCAAAGACAGCUGAGCAGGGACGGAAUCAGGAUCAUGCGAAGCCGAAAAACUCCUUCCGUGCGAUUCUUGAUAGGCUAAGCGAAUUUCAGGUCGCGGAGGACCAAAGCGUGGCCGAUGCGAACAACACCACACUGAAGGCAGGGUCGAGUGUGGGAAGGACAGACCACAGCGAGACAUCACAUGACCCGCACGACAUCUUAUCCCACCCGGCGUUUUCCAUGCGUACCGCCAAGGGAACGCCGAUACUGAGUGCGAAAGUCCGCGCGCUGCUGCACGUAAAGCGAUUUGUGUCCGCGUCAGCGUUGUUGGUCAGCAAUAAGAAAAAACAAGAGCAAGAGCAGGGAAUAACUUCCCAGAAUCUACUUCGGGCAAAAAUAAAACACGUCGACGAGGAACAGCAGCAGCAAGAAACAGAAAGCGUAAUCGCAAACCAAAGAGAAAGCGCUAGCGCAGUCCCACCUGCAGUAGUAGGCACAAGAAGUGAAAUAGGACGACCUGUUGCACCUCAAAAGGCGGCCGCCCUGGCGGACGAUAGUGCUAUGCUGGCUAGUACCGACAAUAUAAAUAGAGGCGUGACGGCACAGCAAGAAGUGCUACAGAUAGGCGAUCGCUCCCCGCCUCAGUCGACCGGCUUCGGCCAAAACACGGCUGGUUCACCAGCUGUUGUACCUCCUGAUGCUGCGUCUAUGCUGGUCGCCUCACCAGCAGCAAAAGCGUCCACGGUUGAGGAACAGAGCCGGCAAGAGAAGACCACGGCAGGGGCGCAGCUGCAAACCGGUGGUGCUAGUAGCCUGGAAAGCGUAAGCGAAAGUGGACCACGACCUGCAGCCAUAAUGUCCCAGGAAGCUACUCCUACUUUGGGUGCAGCUACAGAAGCCCCUUCUACUGCAGAGCAACGAGGACUCGUUGUCAAUUCACCGACGAGUCAGCCCUCAUCUUCGACUCUUGCAGUUGCCGCACCUCCUGCUUCUCCCGGCCCUACAGUACCACCAGCUACUGGUUCUUCGGAGGCAGCCUCCGCCAGGACUGUCCCAGCAGUUGCAGUUUCUCCUCCCGCUGCAGCCAGCGUCAAUACCACCAGGGCAGUGGAAAAUACCAAGCAGCAGCAGCAGGGCGAAGCCGUCCUUUUGACCAACGCGACGGAUGCGGAACUCCGGUUCCACGUCAUUCUCGUGGAUGCGAGCGCGAAACUGGGCAUCAAAAAAUCCGGACCGCCAAAUCUCGAGGACUUGCAUAUCCUCAGUAAAAACAUCCCCACACCAGAGUCAAGAUGGGGAUUUUGCAACACAAACCUAGAACUUUUGGAGGUCACGCAUCACAAGUUGCAGUCCGUAGUGUAGUGCAGGUUCGCAAGGCCAGCUGCGUCAGAAAUCCAUCUGCUCAUCCUGUUUACACCAUUACAAAUUCCAAAACACGACUAAAAAUGCCUUUCCUGGCGAUGCGCAUUACAAAUGUUCCUGUCAUUGCAAACCUGCGUAACAACUCUGGCGUGGGUACGUUUUUACAUAGGAUAUUGCAACUCCUGCAGUCCACGAAUUUGAAACAACAGAUUUUGGUCUCCAAGGUGACCUAUCAAAUGUAAAAAUGUCUGGGUCUGGAAGAUUGGAACUUGUGAUGCUAAAUCUGAAUCAUGUAAAAAUCUGUGUUGCAUGAUUACCAAAAGCUGUCCACUUUUGACCUAAUCGGGGGGCAAUUUCUCAUGCAGGAUAGGCAUGAUAGAACUCUCACAGAAUCUGUCAUGCUAUGUCCUACAUACAAGACCUCAUGGGCCAUGGAAAACCUGCAUGACAAAGCAGGCAAUCUUCCAGACCCAGACAUAUUUGCAAUCCAUAUGACCCAAUUUCAGGCGGCUGACUUGGGCCGGGUGCGGGUGUCGGACCGGAUCCACGCGCUGGACGGCAAAACGGUGAUCAACGCGGAUAAGCUGUACAGGGGCGUGAACUUCACAGAAAGAGAAUUCCGGGACGUGUUGCAGAAACAGCGGCCCGUCGCGGUGGAAUUCGCUCGCCCACUUUACUGGAAGGAAAAUUUCAAGAAGAAUCCCCUUGUUUCCUGUCUGUUUCUGGAAAUGCCACUUCCAUCAACUCCUGCAGCAGCUCCUGACGUAGUUGACGGCGCUGCUAAUUCUAAGAAUCAACAGCAGAUGAACCAGAUAAAACUCGGAUUCCACAAAAUCGGGCUCUACGCCUAUGCGAGCGCAAGUAGCAAGCCAAUGAUUGCAACAUCUUCUGGUGCGCCGGCGAAAGGGAACAAGGGUGGAAAAACUACGCAGUUGCAAAGGGCAACCAAACCGCGAAACUCCGUCUACUUCGUCACCCGUGUCAAGCCAGGGGGGUUGGCGGAAAAAGCAGGGGUGAAAGUGGGGGAUAGAAUAGGCAUCCGGAAAAACUACGCUGCUGAAGACCACGCGGUGAUGAACAACCAAAACCAAAACGCCCGAAUUUGCUCCUUCGAUUUCGAAUUCGAGCAAGUCAUUAAAGCCAGCCGAUCCCCACCACAGCUACCAGAAGUGCAGGCUGCCGCAAACAAGAACAAACCGUUGACCGUUCCCGCACAAGAUUCUUCCCGCGCAUCUACGCCGGUGGCCAGAACGAUUGCGAAGCUGCCGGGUUUGAGCGGGGUUGUAGUUGCAGGCAAUAAAAAGCAAGGAUCAUCUACGGCAAAUCGUCAACCUUCGGCGGCGCCAACUCCAACACUGGUCUUCGUCCGGCCAUACUACCAAAAGUACAAUUAUGCGACCGCCAACCUUAUCACCCUCGAGUCCUUCGACCCCGCCGAGAAACUGGGAAUUACCAAGGUCGGCAGUUUGGACUAUGAGAAGAGCGGAAAAUGCGCCGCAUUUGUGUUGCUAAACGACAACCCGAAAACAUCGUCUACCGGUGCUGGAGCCACUAGUACUGACGUCGCGACGGCGGAGAUGAAGAACACUGCUACCACGACCACUGCGGCGCAGCGGUGCGGGAUAAACAACGGUGACCGGAUUGUGUCGGUCAAUGGUAUUCCGGUGGAGGAAAUUGGAAGUGAUAUCAAGUUCCGACAGAUGUGUAAAAAACGACCGGUGAAAGUGGUCUUCGCAAGGGAUGACUAUGGACUGGUGUACCCGGACGCGCCGUGGAGUUUUGUCGGGACACCAGCGGCUCCAGGCAGAGGACCAGUGCAGCCUGCGAGGCCCGUCGACCCCGGGCUUUCUCUCCGGUAUCUGGGGGAACCGCCGUACUGAGGAAGGGAAAGAAACGGGCUGGUGAUCAUUUCUGAUGUGAUGUCCAAAAGAUAAUGAUAAAGAUCAUCCCAGAUCGAUGAAUGAGAUUUGAUAGCUUCUUGUUCACAGUAGUGGUCGUCUCCCGAUGAUGCUGCCGAGGAGGUAGUGAGCUGCAACUUUCAGGUGUUGUGCCAUCAGGUAUGUAGAAUAAAGUGUAGUACUCUCGAAGAGGUGGAAAACGGUUAAGCCUCCAUGCGGCUCCAUAUUAAUCAUAACCAGCAACACGACCAC